AUGUCGAACACGACCACGACUACGCACCACACGGCGACGCACUCGCACUCGAUGCGCUUCGAGACCGUUGGCUUGGAGGUGCUUAGCGCGGUGAUACAUCUAUUCGGUGUGUCGGUGCUUGCAUUCCUUCUUGCUAAGAAGUUGCACUGGUCAGACUUGUCGUCGCCACAGGCAAUGGCCCGCAUCAGCUGGCCGCGCCUCUUGGUCAUCCUGACUAUCUUCGACUCAUGGCUCUUCCUUUUCUCCACCGGUCUCCUGGUGAACGGCACGGGCAUGGAGCUCAGCGAGACCGUAUGUCUCCUGGGCAUCCUGAACUGCAUCAUAUUCUACGCGAGCUCCAAGAUUCUGAUAUACUUGUUCCUCGUGGAGAAAGUAUAUGUUGUAUGGGGAGGUGCGGCUAGAAAGAGGAGGCUGCAGUCUCCUGUAUACCUGGUGUGCAUGGGCGUUGUCGCACUAUACGUCGGCGUCGCCAUAUUCCUCAUCCUCGGGCGCAUAUCGUAUUUCAGAGACGAUGGUUCUUGUGUGAUCGGCUUGACACGCCCGGCAUCGCUCACCCUUCUCAUUUACGACCUAUUUGUGAACGUGUUCCUCACGUCACUCUUUGUUUGGCCUUUGUUCAACCAGAGGUUCAAUAUUCCUCGGCUUCGUCGCGUCGCGCUACGGACACUAUGGGCGGCAGCAGUCGCGCUCACCACGUCGUGCAUCAACAUCCUCAUCCUCACCAUCAUGCAUGGCAAGCAGCUCGGCUGGGUCUGCCUGGCCUCUUGCGGCUCGGACGUCGUCAUCAACGCCGUCGUCCUUAGCUGGGUCACCUCCGGGGGCGGCUCGAGUCAGAACAACUCUUCGUACGAGGGCCCAGACACGAGCGCAAAACCGCUCGACAGCAGCAACAUCAUCGAUUGCAGCCAGAUCUCCGAGACGGACAAGUACCGUCGCAUGUCCGCGGUAUCCACGUUCUCGCGGCGCCGCGCGCUGAGCGAGCCGCCGCGCCCGAACUUCCGCGCGCGCAUCCACCGCCUCUCACGCCUCUUCGAGCCGCGCAUCGCCGAGGCGGACCCGGACGUCGAGCACGCGGGCGACCGCCACGUCGUUGUCGUCGUGCGCGAGGAUGAGGACGAGUACGCGCAGGAGUCGGAGGAGGACCGCGAGAAGGACGCGUCGGAUGCAGACGCGGCGGAGAAGGAGCACCACCGCGGCGUCGUCGAGGGCAUGUACAAGCAUGCGAGCGCGUCGCGUUCGUUGUUGCCGCAGCCCGCGCAGGCGUACAAGUCGAUGAUCAAGCGCAGCGACCAGAGCCUGCGGACGCACCUGAACGAGAGCCAAGUCGAGAUCCAGGUUGUGCAGGAGACACGGAUCGUUCGCGACGAUGUCCCGCCCCCGCGCGCGCCGAAGGUGCGGAGGUGGCAGAUACGGCACCGGAGCGGGGACUCUCCUCGCGGGUCUAGUGCGAUCAAGGAGGACGAGUAG